AUGUUCUACGACCUGAACCACGAGUACGGGGACUUGGACCUGCGCGUCCGCCGCGAGCGACUUGCCACUGCGGCAGGCCUGGGAUUCGACUGCGUCGCCAACGCUCGCGUGGUGGUGGGCAGGCUGUCCUCGCAGCAGGCCUACAGGUGCCCACCUGAGGCUGUAAGCGAACAAGAUGCCUUUGAGUCUGCAAGCCCAGGGAUCAAAAGGGCGCUACAGAUGUGCCAAGCGCUUGGGGCCCAGCGGAGGAGCAUCCGACAGCUGACAAGGAUAACAUUGGUCACUGACGACGUCCAGCAAGCUCAGGCUCUCACAGCAAGAAACAAAGCACUGGAAGCCUAUGACAUUGUGUCCGUACAGCCACAGAAUGAUGCAGUGUUUAAACAGGCGUGCACAACUCUCGACGUUGACCUCAUAUCUGUGGACAUCAGCGGUCGUCUGCCUUUUCAAUGGCAUCAGAAAGCCAUGAGGAGGGCGCUUGAGCGUGGCAUACAUUUUGAGGUGUGUUACGCAGGCUUGCUGCAGGGUGGUGCUGCACGCCGCAACGCAUUCGCCAACGCGAAACGUCUUACUCAACUGACGUGGGGCAAGGGCAUCAUUGUUAGCAGUGGUGCAGCUUCGGGAAUGGCGAUGCGAGGCCCGCAUGAUGUCAUCAACCUCUCCACCCUUUUGGGCCUAAAACAGCAGCAGGCCAAGGAGGCCAUAUCCAAACGUUGCAGUGACGUCGUUCGCCAUGGAAGCCAACGUCAAGCGCUCAAAGGAUCGAUAAGGAUCGAGACUUCACCGUUACCAGCAAUGGAUAUCCAGCUGUCAGUGGGGAGCAGUCAGAGUGGCAGCGAAUCUGGCGAUGGUGAGAAGGGCGUCAGCAGUGGGGAAGGGCAGGUUCAAAAGCGACUGCGCAUUGAGCAAAAACAGUGA